AUGGGGCUACGCGGCGGAGUGAGCUUCUUCCACCAAAAUUGGACUUUCACUUCCGUUCGUUGUGAUGCUCAGUGGAGAGACGAGGUGGAGUCGGACUGCCGAAAGCCGUCAACGAAGGCUGUGGCUACUAACCUCCGUCCUCGGGACCAUCACGGCCCCCUGUCACAUUUUACAGGAGCCAAAUCCCACCACUUGAAGGGCUGA